AUGGGAUUCACAGCUGCUGAAUCAGGACUAUGGCCUCAAGAGUGGUAUGCGGGCGUAAAAGAGAUAGCCGUUAAGUCACCUUUCCUAGUCUCGCAAACGUCCCUGAGAUCGGAAAUGCGCGAGCUCCAAUACACAUCGGCGGUGCGCAACGAUUCUGUGUCUAUAAACGAGUUGCAAGAGUUAAAGACGCAGAUUUUGAAUUUGUUGGAGCACCCUGCAGACGUCACAGUUAUAGUGAACAAGCUGACGUUUGCUCCGUGCAUGUAUUUGCUUAGCGUUUAUUGGCUGGAGACGUUAAGGGUAUCCAACUCUCCGGAACCAAGUUUGCAACCGAUUAUAGAGUAUUUAAGUGAUACAGCUCUACAGAAAGACAAGAGUGGCAUGUGGCUAUGUGUUGCUUGCGUCGGUGAUAAAGUGUUUCAGAAAUUUCUAGACGUUAUGUCGCAAAAAGUCAAGGACGAAUCACGGGAACGCGAAUUGGAAAGUCACGCUCAAUUCCUGUUGGUGAAUUUCAAUCACAUUCACAAACAGAUACGGAGGGUAGCUGAUAAAUGGCUGGCGGGCUUGGUGGAUCGGUUUCCGCACUUAUUGUGGAAUUGUAGGGUAUUGUGGUCGAUGUUGGAUAUUCUUCAAGUGCUAAGCUUCAGUUUGGAAUUGGAUGCGAACCAAGAAACUCCUCUACUCAAAGUACCAGGAACAGACUUUACACUGCAGCUUCAAGACACGCUGGAAGGCAGAGAGAGCAUAGUCAAAGAUUUCGCUGAUCGGUGUCACGGGAUAGUGCAAGAGGCAAUGAAAUGGGCCCCACAGUCUACAAGAUCUCACUUGCAAGAAUAUCUCAAUCAGGUCCCAAAUUCAACCUUAUGGCAUCAUUGCGGUCUAGCUUUGGCUACUGGAGCUUUGUUAGGCGCCGCUGGUUUAAAUAGAAUGUCAGCUCCUUUGCCUCAGUCGGCGCUGAAUAAACGGCCUUCAUGUGUGACACAAGACUCGGCCGCUCUAUUGGCUGUGGUGUCUCAACGAAGCAGAUAUGCUGGCGAGGUAUGA